AUGGACGAAGAAAAGCACAAGUUCAUAAUCCCGAUCCAUGAGCGGCGGCACCAGCCCGGAACCGUCACCACCGACCCGACCUCGCUGCCGAACGAUGCGCAACUGCCAAUAGAAUCCCCCGAGAUCCAGCAGAUUGAAUCUUUCCCGCACUCGUACCCUCGAAAUGCCCACCUCCGAGACAUUCCAGAUGUGUCGCCACCGUACUCAGAACCAAGGAUCGGCUCCGAUGCACCUGGCGACCCGGCUGCGGCCAUGGCCGCACGACGUGUUCCGGCGCCGGCGUUGGCGCCGUCCGAUCCCGAACAACAGCGCCACCAUCACCACCAGCAGCAUGGCACCUUGACCGGUUGGAGACAGAGGUUCGAUAGAGGCAGAGAGAAUGAGGAGAGGCCGAGAAAGACUAUCCUGGGCCUGACCGUGUUCCGGUUCUGGGCCGCCGUCGCAUUGGGAGUCAUCAUCGUCGGCGUCGCCAUAGCCGUCGGCCUGGCGCUGGGGUUGGCUAACCGACGCCCCGGCACUUCCGACGAGAUCAAGCCCGUCACCCAGAUCCUCGGCGUCCCCUCGCCGGCCCCAAUCAACCCGUACUGCCCGCAGCCGACGCCCGGCGCAAACACGACCGUGACGCCCUACGACGCCUCGGGUUCGCCUAUCCGCUUCAACAACGACCAGGUCAUGUCCUUCGACAUCCUGUGCAACACCUUCUACCCGCAGCGCCAGGGUGUCAACCCGCAGCUGCGCGACAUCCUUGUCAUGACCGUCCCGGACAUGCUCACCUGCAUGACGCUGUGCGCGCAGUACAACCAGGGCUAUAGCGACGCCGUCGGCGACGACGUGUUCCUAGACGGCGGCGGCAUCUGCGUAGGCGUCGCACUCGUCAAGGGCGCCGCGCAGUUCUGCCACCUGAAGAAUGCGACGGGCGUCAACGCCACGGCAGCGGCCGGCGGGUUUGACGUCGACAGCGCCGUGCUCACCGGCGACUGGACGAGCAUGACGAGCAUCGAGCAGAUUCUGGCGUUUGGGGGGAAUGUGGAGGUCACCCCCAACGCGACCGCUACGAUUGGCUAA